ACGCAAGAAAAAGAGAGGCUGGGCUGUCUAACGGAAAAAAGCAGGACCCGAAACGCUUUGAUGGCGAUCGUCGUCGGGAAGAAAAUUUCAUCGAUUGCGUUCUGUGAGAAAAUGUAGAAAAGUGUGUUCGUUUUAUCGCGCUCCCAAAGGUGUAAAUAAAACGUUUCCGCCGCGGUUCCCGGUCAAGUUCAGCUGAAAGAGAAGUGCGGAAAAGGGCCCGGAAGGUCCGCAGAACGAUGGAAGAUUUCAACCCGAGAAGUCCAAUCCGUCUGUCGGACAUCGACAAUUUGCUGCAGGAGAGCAUCUUCGAGUCGUCGGACGGCGCCAAACUGGUAGAGUAUCUGAAGAAGAAGCGUGGCGGCGGCCGAGUUCGGCUGCAAAACAUAUUCCAGCAGGUCCCGGUGCAACGGGCCCAGUUCAACUUUAAUCUCGACUCGUCCGAACCGACGCCGCUGCCCGAGUCCCCACAACCGACCACGUCCAGCGAGGACAUCGUCACCGAGGUCAUCGACAACGGGGACGUUCAGGAGGUGGCGGUGGAUCCGGUUGUCGAGGAGAACGGAUCGGGCGUUACCCCGCGCGUCCCAAUCGUAAUCGUGAACGAUCUCAACACGGCCAAGAAGGCAACGGUCAAGCAAAUUGUGCUGAAAUCGCCCGGGCCGAUGAACACACUGAGCCGGCAGUUGCUGAUCAAUCAGUACCAGCGUACGAAUGCGGCCAAGUGUGAGCUGUUGAAGCAGCUGGCGUCCAGUACGCCGAAACCCGAGUCGAACGGGUCGAUGGGGCGCAUGUCGACGUUCACCACUUCGAUAUCGCCCAUUACGGAGGGGGACCGUUCACCGUUGACGCCGCUGGAGGUGAUUCCUUCGUCGCAACCGAUGCCGAUUCCCGCGCCGAUGCAUGUCAUGGAGAUUGUGAUUCCGCCGGCGGCGUCCCAGGAGGUGUUGGUGCCGUGUUCGCAACCUGUUUUGGCACCCUGCUCGCAAGCUGUGCCGGACGCGACGCCGAAGAAGGUUGUGGUGCUGAAGACGGUGGUGGAACAGGAGGAGAUGGUCAUUCCGGAGACGCCGAGCCCGGUGCAGGUGCAGACGGAAUCGCCGAAAGCUCCGCCGAAUCCGAAUCACAUGCAGCCGCGGCGGUUGAGUACGACGUUCAAGCAGAUGGAGAACGCCGUGGAGUUGGCGUACGCCAAUGGUCACAUUACGUCGGAUGAGAGUGAGGGGGAGGAGGAUGAUGGGAGGGUUGAUAGUGGAAGUAACAGUGUGUUGUUGAAGAGUAUCUUGAAGGACACGAGCAUGGGAAGGAGUAGACACUCGAUGAGGGUGUCCUUUUCGAAGCAGUUGGUGCAGCAAAGGGAGAUUUCGCCGGCGCCGGAUAUUCCGGAAGCGGACGAUUACAAUGAUAGCAACAGCUCGGAAGAUAGUGAUUUGAGUGAAAGUGAAGAGGGGGAGGACAAUGAUUAUCAGGUGGUUGAUGAAGUGUACACCGAUGAUGAUACGGAGGAUGCGACGAAUCUUGAUCAUUACGAAGAGCUCAAGAGCCGGAUCUGUGAGUUGAACAACAGCCACAACGGUCGUCGUUCGGUGUCUCCGUUGAUUGAUGUGGUCAAGGAGACGCCGGUGCAGUGGUUUGAGACGACCACGCCAACCAAGCGCAGGGAUCAACAGGACGAGGAAGAGCAGCAGUUCCCGCCUCCCACGACGGCCAAGAAGGACAACAAAACGAACCUUAACCUGGUGGACAUCAUAACCGACUGGGAUGACGAAGAAGACGAAGAGGAAGCUGACCACGGAGCAGGUAAUCCGGAGGUCGAACCUUCGCAGGAGUGUGCACUUGAGCCACGUGCGUCGCUCAACUCCAACCACCACGAUACCAAUCUGGACACGAUGGACAUCAGCUCCAGCAAUCUGGAGGAUUCGGUUGAACGGCUCGUCGAACUUCCUCCGGCUCCAAACGCCCUCAUCGAGGAGGAAGGGGUACUUCCGGAGGAGCACAUCUACCCGGCUGCCGUUGACGAGCAAAUGCCGAUCACCACCGAAGAACUGCUCGAAGUACUCUCCGGAACAGAACCCGAAGAGGAGUCGCAACCCGAGACGCGCCCCAAAACUCCUGAACCCGUCGAAGAGCAACCGGUGGACCUCCCACCACCACCAGCAACACCAGCAGAACAACCCCACUCCCCAGAACGUGUAAUCACACCUCCCGUCCAGUUCACCGCCUCCGCCAAGCGACGCUUCAUCCAGAAAAACGAGGACGACCUCAUCUCUCGAAUCCAAAGCGACCUACCCCUUUCGCAGGCGUCCUCCGCCGCCGAAGCGGACACCAGCACACGCUCCGUCGAAGAGCCGCUCAAAUCGUUCGAAAAGGUGUCCGAAACGCUGGUCGAAAUCGCCCAAUCGUUCCGCGAUCAACCCCCUGCCACCCAACCCCCCGCCCCCGUCGAGGACACGUCCCGCAAGCUCGUGCAACCGCCCAAGCGGGGCGGCAAAAAGAGCAACGUCGAUCCGGUGACGGCGUCCUACUUUGAGGCGAUCGAGAAGACGUUUGCCAAGCCGAAGGCACCGCCGCCACCGCAGAGCACGAAGACGUCGUCGACGACGCAGCGCAAAAAGACCGAGCAGCAGAAGCGAAAGCUGUACGACGCGACGCUGUCGGAGGUGACGGAGGACGACGAGUCGAUGCGGGGGGUGGUGGUGGAGGCGAAAGCGCCGGUCAAGGUCGUCGAAGCGGCGCCGAAGGCGGUUCCGAAGGUGCGCGACUUUAAGAUUGUCGUCGAGAUGCUGCGGGUUGAGGAUUAUCUUCCGAAGAAGAGUGGAGUGGUUCCGAGUGUGGCUAAGGAGUUGGAAGCGGAGGUAGUUGAGGCGGAACCAGCGGUAGUGCUGAAAGCUCCCGCGGCGAAGGGACGUCGUGCAAGCAGAGAUAAACAACCGGCGGUGGUGGUGGCGGCGAAGCACAACGAUUCGGGCAAGAGGCCAAGGGGUCGUCCGAAGAAGGUGCGAACGGAAUCGGUUGGAGAACAACCAGCUGAAGAGCGUCCCGUUGAGAAGGGUGUCGUCGUGGAAGAACCAACGCAGGAGGAGGUCAGCAGCAAAAAGAAGCCCAAGUCGAAGCCAAAUCUGGCCGGCGAUGCUCCGGAGCAGCAUCCGGAUGAAGGCUUGCCAAACGAUGAUUUGGCGGUGGAGGAGUCCGACACGAUUAAGGAUAAGAACCCGGUUGUUGACAAGAAGAACAAGAAGAUGAAGUCGAAGCCAAACCUUAUCGAAGAUGCUCCAGAGCGGCGUCCGGAUGAAGGCUUGUCAAACGCUGAUUUGGCGGUGGAGGAGACCGAAAGUCCCAAAGAAAAGGACCCGGUCGUUGACAAGCAGACAAAGAAGACGAAGUCGAAGCCAAAUCACGGCGGAGAUGCUCCGGAGCAGCGUCCGGAUGUAAGUUUGCCAAACGCUGAUUUGGCGGAGAAAGAGCCCGAAAGUCGCCAGGACAAUGAUCCGGUCGUUGACAAGCAGACAAAGAAGACAAAGUCGAAGCCAAAUCUCGGCGGAGAUGCUCCGGAGCAGCGUCCGGAUGAAAGCUUAUCGAACGGUGAUUUGGCGGCGAAGGAGGUCGACACGGUUAAGGAUAAGGACCCGGUUAUUGACAAGAAGAAGAAGACCAAGUCGAAGCCAAAUCAACGCGAAGAGGAGCAGCGUCCGGAUGAAGGUCCGCCAAGCGGAAGUUUGGAGGAGGCCCAAGAACCCCCGAAGGACAAGCCUCAGGAGAAGAAGAAUAAGCCGAAACCAAAACUCGUCGAAGAUUCUCAACAGCAACGUUUGGAGGACAAUUUGCCAAACAGAACGCCGAAGGAGGUUGAGGAGCAAGAAGUGCACAAGAUCGAAAAGGUCGUAGAGAAAAAGAAGAGGUCGAAGCCAAGCCAGCGCGAAGCGGCUGAAAGUCAGCCGGCGGCGGUCAACGCAGAAUCGGUGACUGACGUCGCCGAAAACGAUGUCCGCAAGGACAAGCCCCAAGUGCAGAAGAAGAAGGUGAAGCCAGCUCAACGUGAAGCGGAUGCCAACGUGGAUUCGGUGGUGAAUGUGGCUGACGGAGAAUCGGUUGAAAAGGACAAACCUGUUGCGCAGAAGAAGAAGGUGGAGCCAACCCAACGCGAAGCGGGUGACGUGGACUCGGUGACGAAAGAGGUCGACAAGCCUGAAGCGCAGACGAAGCAGGUGGAGCCAACUCAACGCGAAGCGGACGCAAGUCUGCCGGCGCCGGUCAACGGAGAAUCGGUGACUGAUGUGGCCGAGAAGGAAGUCCGCAAGGACAAGCCCCAAGUGCAGAAGAAGAAGGUGAAGGCAACUCCACGCGAAGCGGAUGCCAACGUGGCUUCGGUGACGAAUGAGGUCGAACAGGACGAAACCCGUAAGGACGAGCCUCAAGCCCCGCAGAAGAAGCAGUUGGAGGACGAAGCUAUGCCCGUUGUCAACGGAGAAUCGGUGACUGUGACUGCAGAACAAGAAAUCCGCAAGGACAAGCCUGUAGCGCAGAAGAAGAAGAAGUUGAAGCCAAAUCUUGCCGCUGUUGCGCCACCGGAACAACCGCCCGCUGAACCGACGGUUCAGCAAAGCUCAGAGGAGGUCGUCGCCGUGCAGAAGAAGAAGAAGCUGCGACCAAACUUUGGCACAAAGUCGAAGCAACAGCACGCCGAGCAAGUUGUCGACGAUGGGAAGAGCAGACUGAACGAGGAGGUUACGGACAAGGAAGAACCGGUCAAGCAGAAGAAAAAGCAGUCCCGGAAGAGUUUGGACGGGAAAUGCGCGGAGCAGCCGAAGGCGGUCGAGCCCGAAGUUCAGCUGAAGGAGUUCCAGGUGAAGGUGGCCAAAAUGGCCGUAACUCCGGCGGCGGUGAGCAUGAGUCCGGCCUCGAAGGCGAUUCUGCAGCGGGGAAAAGCCGGCGUCGAGCCAAGUCCGUCGGCAGCUCGCAAGCUCUUUGACGAGCCCGAAGUUCCGAAGAAGUCGCGCAAGGCGGAGAAGCAGCAGCGCGCGAACGAAGACUUGCGACACCAAAAGCGGAAAGAAGCCAAGCGGGCGAAGGUAACGGUCAACGAUCCCAUUCCGAAGGUCCGGAUAUUGGCCGAGAAGGAUGGAAUCUAUAGGAUUACCACACCGGGACGUGAGGUGGAUCCCGCCCAGGACAGUUUUGUGGAGCGACUGAACGUGACGGAGUCGGAUGCCGGGGAAAACGUCCGAACGAGCUUGGAAGACUGCCCGGAUGAGUUCCUUGGGUUCGAGGACGACGAAGACACGGUUGCCGACAUGACGAUUGAUUUAUCCCGUAGCAACAUGGAGCUGAUCAUCCCGCUGGAAAAGGCAAUAAUUCCAAAAGGCGUCAAGACUCCGCCUGGGUUCAGAAGAAGCCGCAAACCUCAGCGGCAACCACGGAGUCCGGCUGCCACGAAGAGCAAGAAGUCACGCGAACCGAAACCACCCAGGCGUAUCUCCGGAAGCACGUCUGAACCCGCGCCGCAGGCCACAUCUCCGGAACGACCGGCCCCAGCGACCGGCCAGCAGCUCGAUAACCGUUCGUUGCCGCUCAAGAAACGGAAAUCCCGGGACAGCUCCCAGGAGUACCUGCCGUCGGCGCCCGAAGAAGGGGAAUCGUCGUCGCCGCCGGUUUUCGCCGUACCGGCGCCCAUUGACCUGAACAAUUCGCUGCUGAUUCCGAUGCUGCAGCGAGUGCCGAUCGCGGACAAGUAUUUGGUGCGGUCAACGCCCGACCGGGGCACCGACAGCACCACCGAGUACGACACGGACGAUACCUGCGCCACCGGCGAUAACGUGCUGAUUGUGCGCAAGGACAUGUCCCGGCUGGACCAGUCCCGGUUGGAUCAGUCUAGGAUGUCUAUACCGGAAGAGGAGGAGGAGGAGCAACCCGAGGAAGAGGGAAGUGACGGGAAGCGAAUCAAGAACAGGCGAUCGAGCAUUGCGUUGCCUCGAUUCUACGGCGAUAACACGUUCGACAUUACGUGGAAGCCAAAGCAGAAGUCCUCCGGCGGUUCCCGCAAGAACAAACGCCGGCAUGACAAUGACAGUGGCAUCGAGGAGGAGGACAAUGGCGUGGUACGACGCAGCAAACGUACCUGUCGCAUCUCGAAGCAAAUACUCAUGACGAACCCGAUGAUCAAGUCGGCGUACGACCGGCCCAACUAUCGGCCCAUGUCGGUGGAGCAGCUGAUGGAGGCGGAAAAGCUGGCCAAGAAGCUGAAGCAGGAGGAGAGGGCCAAACGGCAAUAUCGCAAGCCGCCGGGCAGACCCCGCAAGCCUAGCCAAUCUCCGCGUGGCCGCAAACGGAUACAGGAACCGGCGGAGACGCAGGAAGAUCAGCAGCAGGCCAAGCGGAAUCGAAUCGACGAGGCGACGGAGUUGCCGGAUGUGCAACAGCCCACAACAUCGUCAGCAGCAGCAUCAUCCUCCUCCGGAACUGGGACCGGCGCAGCCGAGGUGGCCGUCCAGGUCGACGAGGAGGCCGCCACCGUGGCGCAGGAGCGCCUGCAAGCGCAAAGCUGGAUGAUGAAGCUGAUGGCGGAGAACAGCGGCCGCGAGGAGGUCAUGCCGCAGGCCACCUCCUCCGGCGACCGGAUGCACUUCCAGCUGGACCACCUGACGUUCCAGGAGCGCAACGGCAUCCAGUACUCGUUCUUCAUCUACUCCGAGACGGAGAACUUUGGCUUUCUGCGGUUCGCGCCGGCCGCCGUCAAGAAGUGGACCAAGACGGCCGACUUUCUACUGAAAUUCCUCGUUCUGCACGGACAGCUCUCGUUCCAAAUCAACGGCAAGGAAACGGUCACCAAGGGAGGUGACUUCCUGAUGCUGCCUCAAAACACCCGGUACCGCAUACAGAACAGCGACGAAAUUUCCCUCGUCUUUAUGAUCAAGUUCCGGGCGGCCGCGAACGAGCUGCCGUCGAUGUAAUUCACCCAAACCAACUCCCCCAACACAUACACACACACACACAAUUACCAGUGCGUGCGGCGUCACACAGCGAUAUGGAAAAAUUUAAGUUAUAAUUGUUUUAUUUUUUUCCUCCUCUCCCCUCCGCUUUCCGUAUCUUUUUUACGCCCUUAUUUUUUCGCUGUUUAAUAAUGAGCUGUCCUGCAAGAUGAAACAAAAUAAGAAAAUGAUAAAGAAAGAAGUAAAUAGUUUUAGUACAAGUGUUGUAUAAGAGAAAGUAGAAAACUUAACGCAUUAUUCAAAAUAUUACACUAUUUUACAUGGAAUAGCUGAGAUGUCA